UUGUAGUCCUGGCUGUCCUGGAACUCCUUCUGUAGACCAGGCUGCCAUUGAACUCUCAGAGAUCCAUCUAUUUCUGUCUCUGGAGCACUGGGAUUAAAGGUCUGUGCCACCACCGCUGAGGACUGUAAUGGGGCCUCUAACCUGAGAGAUGGGGAACUUGGGGGCACGUGACUGGCCCAAGCCGUUAAAGCCAGCAGAAGAGGGAUCAGUUAAGUCUUGACCUUCCGGCCUGCUCUUCAUCCCUGAACUAUGUCAGAUCACACAGAAGGCCUUUAUCUGUACCUGCUGUUUGGGAGCGUGGGGCUGGAAGGGCUCCUCCUGCUGCUCGUCAUUGUCCUGUUCACCUGCCUGUGCCGGGUCCAGCAGAGAGUGAAGAGACUGGAAAGGAACAAGGCCCAGAUGCCCGGGCAGGAGCUCCACUACGCGUCUCUGCAGAGGCUGCCGGUGUCCAGCGGUGACCUCACCGACAGAGAGGAGGGCGAGGGCCUGAAGGACGAUCCCAGCACCGACUACGCCUGCAUCGCCAAGAACAAGCCCACCUGAGCCCCGAUGCCCCCCGGCCCUGGGCGGGUGGUCGGAGCCGCCCCGAGUUCCCCCAGUAAAGACUGUGGCUCCCGC